AUGGCUGCCGCUAGCGCAAACGCCAGCCUCGACUCCAACGCCCUGCUCGCCUUCUUCACCCAGAUGGACGAUCAGGGAGGUGUCAUUGUCAGAGGCCGUACCCGCUUUGAACGUCUUUUCCUCAUCGGCCGGACAUGCGUGCCGCUCUGUGUCGACGCUCUCAAGGCUGCCGUCGCAGAGGCCAAGAAGGGUCAAGAUACGCAGCGUUACCGCGAUGUCGUUGAGUUGAUUCAGGUCGCCGCUCCUCUGGAGCCUGAAGCCACAUUCGAUCAGUCGUGGGUCGAGCUCACGGACAGGGCCAAUAAUGCCAAAACUCACGCCCUCGAGGGCGAGUUGAAGGGUUACAAGAUGAACCUGAUCAAGGAGAGCAUUCGGAUGGGAAACGAGGACCUGGGUCGUCACUUUGAAAGCAUCGGCGACCUUAAUAGCGCUGGCGAGGCUUACAGCCGGAUGCGCCCAGACGUGAGCACAUCCAAGCACAUCAUCGACGUUGGCAAGCACCUCGUCAAUGUGACGCUGCAGCGUCGGGAAUGGCCCAUGGUCAUUGCCAACCUGAGCAAGAUCACGGGUGUCCAGAACGGCGACGAAGAAAAGGGUUUGCAACCCUACGUCAAGAUCGUCCAGGGCAUCGCCCUCAUGGGGCUCGAGAAGUUUGACGAGGCGGCCAAAAGCUUCCUGCAGACGGAUGCCGGCAAAGAGGGAGUGGACUACAGCAAUAUCGCGAGCCCCAACGAUGUGGCAGUGUACGGUGGCCUCCUAGCUCUGGCAACCAUGGACCGGAAAGAGCUCCAGGCUCGUGUUCUCGACAACCAAAACUUUAGAACGUUUUUGGAACUGGAACCUCACAUCCGCAAGGCCAUUUCGCUUUUUGUGAAUGGCCGGUACUCGGCUUGCCUGGCCAUCCUAGAGGCGUAUCGCGCAGACUACCUCCUCGACAUUUACCUCCAGAAGCACGUCCCGACGCUCUACUCGCAGAUCCGGAGCAAGUGUAUCGUGCAGUACUUUAUCCCCUUCUCCUGCGUCACCUUGAGCAGCCUCGAGGAUGCAUUUGCCGUACCCGGCAAGCCGCUCAUUGACGAGCUCGUCGCCAUGAUCCGGGGCGGGGUUUUGCAGGCCCGCAUCAACACAAUUGACAAGACGUUGGUCGCCGUGUCUCCGAACCCCCGAGCCACGCUGCAAAGGAUGGUCCUCGACACGAUCGAUGCCUACGAGCGGGACGCUACGGAGCGGAUCCGGCGUAUGAGUAUCAUUGCGGCAGAUAUGGAGGUCAAGACCAUGCGCAAGGUCCAACCGACCGACGGUGGCCGGCGGCGCGGGCGGCGACAACAUGAGCUGAUGGCCCUCCGAUGCGGCGGCGACGGGCCGCGCGGUGACGGUGAUACCGGCCGAGUGGUUGUGCUUGUCCGUGGGUCGGACGCGAGAGCUGCAGCACGCCGCGAGCAUGCAACUGGAAUGCUGACAACCGGGGCACUUUUGGUGAUCCACCUUGGCGCCGUAGUCGCAAAAGCCUAA